AUGCUAUCUGACUGCUUGCUGAACAACUUCAGGAUAACGUCCCAAAUAGGGUCAGGCGCGUAUGGGCUAGUUUUCCAUGUGGUGGACAUACUGACCAGCCGUGAAUAUGCGAUAAAGACAGUCUUCAAAUCGUCGUCCAUGGACGAGUUCUACAACAAGAACGGCUUGAACAACAACUCGCAAGUGGCUAGAGCCACCCUUCUACAGACACAGCUGUACCAUUUCUUCAAGAGUUUCCAGAAGAAACUGUUUUUACCCUCAGUCGACCUGGAUUCGAUAUUACAAUUGACGGAAAACGAACUAAACAGGCUACCGCAUUACAGGGAGAUUGCUUUUCAGUUAAAAGUACAGUCUCACGGGAAUAUAGUAAAAAUCCACCAAGUUCUGGAGUCAUCCAUUGCCACCUUCAUCGUGAUGGACUAUUACGACAGGGACCUUUUCACCUCGAUAGUGGACCACAAGCAUUUUACAAAUGACGGUGUCUUGAUCAAGAAAGUUUUUCUACAACUUUGCUCCGCACUGGACCACUGUCAUCGCCUCGGUAUAUAUCAUUGCGAUAUUAAACCGGAAAACGUCCUGCUAGAUCGUAACGAUAACGCGUAUUUAUGCGAUUUCGGUCUUUCCACGAAGUCUAAAUAUUUGGCUCCAAAUGUAUGCGUGGGGAGUUCUUACUACAUGGCUCCGGAAAGAAUAUUGUACUGUCUGAACACGACCACCAACGGCAUACAUGUCGAUGAAUGCUGCUCAAGCCUGCCCACGGAUACGGGAGACAUUUGGUCUCUAGGUAUUAUUCUCAUCAACCUAACUUGUAUCAGAAACCCAUGGUUGAAGGCUCACCAAAAGGAGGACAACACAUUUCAUCAUUUUGCUAAUGAUAGCAAUGUCUUGAAGAAAAUCCUCCCUAUAUCGGAUGAGCUGUUCACAGUGCUGGUAAAAAUCCUGCAACUAAAUCCAUAUACAAGGAUCGAUAUCAAAACUUUGGUUUCCGAAGUCUCCUCUAUCACUUCCUUUACGAGAGAGGGUCCUUUAUCUAAAGUUCCAGCCUUCUCGAGCGAGGCGUAUAUGGCACAUAUCAUAAGGAAUGAAAAUCUAUACCUGGACGGUUUAUCACAUUUUGCUGUUGGCAAAGAACAGCAGCAAGAACAGGAAGAAGAACAAGAAGAAGCUGAGCCGGAAAGUGAUAUCCCAUCAACUUACAAUAGCGAUGGAAGUAUGGAAAAGUAUGAAUAUACCAACAAUAACAACAAUAACACGUUUCUAAGUUCUUCGAUGGACAGUACGCCUUACCAAUCAGACAUCGACGACAUGGGUGCUUCCAAAGACUGUAAGUUCCAACAAGAUACUUUGAGAAAUAGACUAUUAUGCUUACAAAUGAAUUUUUCCACUUUAACAGAUGGCCCAAACGAGAAAUGGUUACCAGAUUAUUGA